CUUUGUUUGUGUGCUUGUGGGCAUCAUGCGAAGGAUGGGAGGUCCCCUAUUCCCUACAAAUUGAGUCAGCAAGAGAGAAGGGCCAACCAUUGAAGAUAAGCAAACCCGCUAUGAGAAACCAAAUCGGACACGUGUCCACCUGAUAUUUCAUUCUUGAUUUUCCUCAAAAAUACUACUAACAGUCUUGGGUUCUUUUCUUCAAAGUCUCAAAAGGGUCGUUGGGAUAUUAAGCUCCGCUGCUUUCAAAUUGACAAAGUACCAACCUUUAUCCUCAAUUUCCAAGAUUAAAGUUUGCUGCAGAAAAAGGAAAGAAAAUUCAAUGGCGACUGCUUCUUCUUUGGGUUCAUCAACUCUGUUACAAUCCCAAAUUAGUGGAUUUGGCGGGAGUCAAAAGCUUCAAAAGACUUCUUCCUCCAACCCCAAUUCACUAACUUUCACCAGGAGGAGAGUUCAAACUGUGGUGAAGGCUUCUUCUCGGGUGGAUAAGUUCUCGAAAAGCGACAUUAUUGUAUCUCCAUCCAUCCUUUCUGCUAACUUUUCGAAAUUAGGAGAGCAGGUGAAAGCAGUUGAACAGGCAGGCUGCGACUGGAUUCAUGUAGAUGUGAUGGACGGUCGAUUUGUUCCAAAUAUAACUAUUGGACCCCUUGUAGUUGAUUCCUUGCGCCCUAUCACAGAUCUUCCAUUGGAUGUGCAUCUGAUGAUUGUCGAACCUGACCAGAGAGUACCUGACUUCAUAAAAGCAGGUGCUGAUAUUGUCAGUGUUCACUGUGAGCAAUCUUCUACAAUCCACUUGCAUCGUACAAUAAAUCAGAUUAAAAGUUUAGGAGCUAAAGCUGGGGUUGUCCUCAAUCCUGGAACCCCUUUAACCGCAAUUGAAUAUGUCCUUGAUGCUGUUGAUCUGGUGCUGAUUAUGUCUGUAAACCCUGGAUUUGGGGGACAGAGCUUCAUUGAGAGUCAGGUCAAGAAAAUCUCGGACUUGAGAAAAAUCUGCGCUGAGAGGGGAUUAAACCCUUGGAUUGAAGUUGAUGGUGGUGUUGGUCCCAAAAAUGCUUACAAGGUCAUUGAAGCUGGAGCCAAUGCCUUGGUAGCUGGUUCUGCUGUCUUUGGAGCUCCUGAUUAUGCUGAAGCUAUUAAAGGGAUCAAGACAAGCAAAAGGCCUGAAGCAGUUGCUGUAUGAGGUUUCCAUCUACUUGGUUCAAGUCGUCGCAACUGUUAAUACGGAGUUGUUUCUGUGUAUGUUCAUCGUCAAUUACUGAUUUUUCUUCAUCCUUAUCAGUCAAAUUACAUUAAGAUAGUUUUUUGCUUUUCAUUAUCAUAUCAUAAUAACCUUCUGUGAUCAGUAGAGAGAGCCAUGUUUAAGGUUGACCUUCAUAUCUUUGUAUUCAUUACACAUACAAAAAGUCCAUGCCACAUGUAUUUACAACGGAGAGAUGUUAUCCAUAUAUGUUUUACAAGAGGAUCACUUCAGUGGAUUGCAAUUUCACCCUUUAGUUGUUUACAUUUA